AUGGGCAUUCCGGGCCUGUGGGCGUGUCUGCAUCCUGCCGCACACUCCACCACGCUACCCGCCUACACUCUGCACGCACUCACCGCCAACGCCAACUCGCUGCGCGCACUGCGGCUCGGCAUCGAUGCGUCGCUCUGGCUCUUCCACGCACAGCAGUCGAGCGGCGGCUCGAACCCGGCGUUGCGGCUGCUGUUCUACCGCCUCGCCAAGCUGCUUGCUCUACCGGUGCUGGUGCUGUUCGUAUUCGAUGGGCCGGAUCGGCCGGCGUGGAAGCGGGGAAAGCAGGUGAAAGGGCGACAGCAUGCGGUGGAGCAGCCGCUGACGGAGCUCAUCGAGGCGUUUGGGUUUAGCUGGAUGCGUGCACCGGGCGAGGCGGAGGCGCAGCUGGCUUCGAUGAGUAGAGACGGUGUGCUGGAUGCGGUUGUGACCGACGAUGCCGAUGCGCUGCUGUUUGGCGCUCAGGUGGUCAUCCGCAACUGGGGCAAGAACCUGUCCGGCACCAAGGCGAGCAGAACACCGGAGGAGGUCGAUCCGCCCACGCAAGCAACGCAAGCAACGCAAGCAACGCAAGCAGAGAACGGAGAACUGCAGCUGUCGGGAUCCGACAAAGACCACCUCAUUACGAUGUACACCGCACACGAUCUUGUAGAGUGCGACGAGCUGGGACUGGAUCGCGAUGCGUUGGUUCUGAUCGCGCUCAUGUCCGGUGGCGACUACGACACCACGGGUCUUGCGCAGUGUGGCGUCAAGAUCGCGCUUGCGCUCGCGAGGGCGGGAUUCGGCACGGCGCUCGUGCGCGCUUUCCGCUCGGCGUAUCCCACGUCAUCCUCUACCGCCACGCCAUCGAGUGCAUUCAGUGCCUUUUUGGGGACCUGGCUCGAGGGUGUGCGGGAGGAGCUGCGUACCAAUGCGCGCGGGCUGCUUCCGUCACGUCGGCCUAAACUCGCCGAUACACUCGACGGCUUUCUUGCCACCAAAGAUUCGCGCAGGGUGCUGGCAUACUACAUCUACCCCGUCACGACUCGGCGCGAGGUGGAUUGGUCCAAGUCCAGCCCGGACGUGGCUAGACUCGCAGCGCUGGCACAGGCGCUGUUCAAGUGGACCCCCGACGCGGUACUCGCCAAGUUCAGGACCACCGUCGUUCCGGGCGUGGUGGUGCGGAGGUUGAGGAGCGAGAUUCUCGAGCUCAAUGGUGGCGCGGUGGAAGGUCCUUGGGCGGAACUCGUCGAGAGCCCAGCAACUAAGGCGGUCAAGAGGCAUCUAGCCGGCAAGGGCAAGGAGAAGGAAAAGGAGAAGCCGUUGUGGGAUAGUCCCAACGCCACGCGGAUUACCGAUUUUUUCGCAAAGUCGACCCUCACCACCGGCACACCUGUCAAGGAAAAGGGUGUGAGCAGGGAUGUAGAGGCGAGUGUGGAGAUUGUGGCGAUCAAGAUGGUGCGUCGUCACGCAGCGUUGGCGCCGUACCUCGACUACCGCGCGCUCGUCGCCGUCGAGAGCAUGCUGCAUGAGGUUGAGGCUGCAAUCGAAUCCUCACCCCUCGAAGACCAAGAGCUCUUCAAGCCGAUGCUGCUCUGGAUCGCCGCGCCGUUUCUCGAGCUCAGCACGAGCGGCGUCCAACCGCUGCAGCUCUUCAACGCCAAGUCGAAACCCAAACCCAAGUGCAAACCAAAGGCGCAGGGUCAAACCACGCUCAACGGAUUCGUCAAGCCAAUGCCCAAACCGCCACCCCCACCACCAACGCGCACGCCACGUCAACUCAAACUCCCCCCACCACCAAGAGCACACACUCCCGAGGCAGAUUCGUCCGUCGAGUUCGUAGCCGCGCUCAAGACGCCACGCAAACCCAGAGCCUCGGUGAUCACGGUGCACGACUCGGAUUCCGACUAA